UUGCAGGCGUGACCGGUGUCAACAUUGGUAGGUGAGCAUGAGCACUCGACGCCCCGCUGCGCCCGCCCUGUCUCUCCUUGCAGCACUCCCUUGCCAAGUUCUGGCCACCUCCCUCCUGCGACAAACAACAUCAGGAGCUUCCCGGCACAGCUGUCCGUUAUUCAGCAGUUGUUGGGCGGUCGGGCGCAUCGAACCAUCACCAACCGACGGGAAAUCCCACCGGUCAAAUAAUCAAACUUACCAAUCCAACUUCUUUUAUUCCAUCAGCAGUCGAGGAUUCGCUCUCGCCCGGUAGUGAAAUUUCUGCUUUGUUCCUUUGUUCAUGCUCCCCAGUCCCAACUCCCUGGUCCUUGCGUCUGUCUGCCCUACCGAACCGGCCCUCACCUAGCCGUCUGAAGGCUAUUUUGGGCUGGGAAAACCCACUUUCAGCCAACCCC